AAAGAACAAAGUGAUCCAAACAAUGGAAAAUGUAUGAAAAAGGGAAAACAGAUGCAAAUACUUUAUCAAAGGUACAGGCAAUAAGCUGUUCAGGAAUGGGGAAAAUCCAGUGUUUUCCUGCAUUUUUUUGUUUGGAACCAUUCUAAGAUAUUACUGAGGAGAGAAAGUAGAGGAAAAUAUCCUGACAAUUUUACUUUUCUAACUUGGCUCCAUCUUCACUUUCAUCUUCACUUUAAAUGAUGCUUUGCUUUCUUCUCAUUCUUCACCAAGCUCAUCUUCCCAUAAGCAUCUUCAUAGAGGAAGAUAGAGAGUUCACAUGAAAUGGCUGCAACUAAAAGCCAAGUUUCAAGUAAUGAUGCAGAUGAAGACUACUUUGAUAUGGAGUUAAGUUCAUCCUCCAACUACCUGUGUAUCUCCAUUAGCUCUCCACCUCAAAGCAGGGAGUUUGAGUUCCAAAUGUGUUCAGUUUUUCUUGAUGGAGAGUCUACCACUUCUCCGGCUGAUGAGCUCUUCUACAAGGGGAAGCUCCUCCCUCUCCACCUUCCUCCUAGGCUGCAAAUGGUCCAGAAGCUCCUCCAGAGCUCCAACUCAACUUUUGACUCCAAAACUGAGGAACACUUGGAAGAACGCUAUUCCAUUCCUUUCAUGGCUGCUGGCUCUGCUACUCCUUCUACUAAUACCAGUACCCCUUUGGAAUCAUGCAGCAUCUCCCCAACAGAGUCCUGCAGGGUGAGUAGUGAAAUAAACCCAGAUGAGUAUUUCUUCGAAUGGUCCAAAGAACUAAAUGGUUUCAUUGGUUAUAAUUCAAAGAAAUCGUGGGGAAGGAAACUCAAGCAGUCCUCCUUUGGUCAGAAGCUCAAGGCUUCCCGGGCAUACAUUAGGUCUUUGUUCAGUAAGUCUGCCUGUUCGGAUGAAUCCUGUGCCAAGGCAGCAAGUGGUAAAGAAGCAGUAAAUGCUUUAAAAAUCAAAGAUUGCUUAAACAAGUACGUGAAAGUGGGGAAGAAAACCCCAUUUGGAAGGAUUGAUAAUGAAAGAUUCAAGACACCAACUUGUGUCUUUAAGAGCAAGGACAGAGAGAUGAUUGAAGAUGGUGGUGCUAAUAGCCAAAGGAGGUCAUUCUCAGGGGCAAUUCAACGGCCUUCUGCAGUAAAAUAUUCAUCUACAUCUUCCUCUGGUUCUUCUUCAUCAUCAUCUUUUUCAUUCAGUUCAAGUGGGUUCUGUGACUUGCAGUUUCUGAAAAGGAGUAGCAGCGCAAACUUAGACCUAGAAAGUUCAAUUGAGGGAGCAAUUGCUCACUGUAAGCAGUCUGCGCAGAUGUCCAGUGCUCCAAGAAAAACGGUAAGUGAUCUUGGGGUUUGCUCCCUUUCUGCUUCCAGGAUUGCAGCUAUUGAGGGGGACCAAGAGAGCCUGGAUUUUGCAGCUAGUGAAUAUGAUGCUGUGAAAAAAAGAGAAGAAAUGUGGAAUGUGAGAUGGUAGUCCAAUGAAAAGUAAAAUUGAUUAGUGUUUCUUCCUUUUUUUGUCUUGCUAAGCUAUUGCACUAAUAGAGUGAGAUGAAUUCAACAUCAUCUAUGUUACUGUUGUUAUUUCCCUAUUUCUUUUCCCUCUUGGAUGGGACAAGAAAUCCUACUCUACAAUGCCUAGCCCUUGCUAUGGUCCUUUGUACCUUUUUCCUUUUGAGAAGAUGCCAACUUUUACUAAAUUUUACUCCUUUCA